AUGGCACUGCAGGAUAGCAUAAACAUGGUCUAUGUUCUGAAGAGAUUAUAUGGGAUGAUAUAUAUACCACCCACCCAAUCAAUGCUCACACUGCUUUCUGUCGCUUUCUGUGGUGCGUUGUCUGUAGGGCGCUGUGUAGAACUCCUAGUUUUUAACCGGGUUAAUAACAGGUGUCAAUAA